AUGGCGACCCCUGGAGAAGGCAGCCACCCCAAUGGCACAGCGGCGCCCAGGCCACUGGCACAGCUGCAAGAGCUCGAACCGAGGGUUGCCCGCAGACGCCUGUCCCAGGCCCGCCAUCGGGCCACCCUGGCCGGGCUCUUCAGCAACCUAAGGAAGACUGUUUACUCUCAGUCUGAUCUCACAGCCUCAAAGUGGCAGGUUCUGAAUAAGGCGAAGAAUCAUAUUCAGGAACUGGAACAAACCCUGGACAAUUUGCUGAAACUGAAAGAAUCCUUCAAUCUGGAGGAUGGGAAUGCAAGCAGCUUAGAGGAGGUCAAAGAAGAAUAUGCCAGAGUGUACUCCGGAAAUGACAGCCUGGUCUCAAAUAGUUUUCCUCCCAAUGGCUCCUCCACCUGGUGCCCAAUUGAGGCAGUCCGGAAGAAUGCUGAGGAAGAAGAAAACGAGGAAGAGGAAGAAGAAGACCAAGAAGAGGAGGAGGAGGAGGAGGAGGAGGAGGAAGAGGAAGGGGAGAAAAAAGUUGAUCUCUUACAUUCCCCAGCCACUAUGUCGCCAGACCUCCUGGAAUUUGAACGGUAUCUCAACUUUUACAAGCAGACGAUGGACCUUCUCACGGGGAACGGCAUCGUCUCCUCGCAGGAGGUGACGCUGCCCAUCGUCUCUGCGGCCAUCUCCCACCUGUGGCAGACGCUGUCGGAGGAGAGGAAGGCCAUCCUCCUGCAGACCUGGGCGCAGAAGCACGGCGGCCUCCCGGGCCUCGCGGUGGCCUGCCAGGAGCCCGCGGGUGCCGAGGGCAGCGUGAAGGACAGCGGAGUGGACAGCCAGGGGGCCAGCUGCUCGCUCGUCUCCACCCCCGAGGAGAUUCUUUUUGAAGAUGCCUUUGAUGUGGCCAGUUUCCUGGACAAAAGUGAGGCUCCCAGUACCUCCAGCCCCAGUUCAAUGUUUGCCAUCUGCAACCCAGAAAACCCAGAGGGGAAGUUUCAGCUCUAUAUGCAGAUCAUUGACUUUUUUAAAGGCCUUUGCUGCAUUAACACUCAGUUAAAACAGGAACCAGACCUUCCCGUUGAUGAUGAGCUGAUAAUGUUGAGGUGCCUGGAGACCUUUGACGACGAAGAUUUGUAAUGCAGAAGGACUGGAAGGGGAGGGGACCGAGUGAGAGUGGG